AUGGCAUCUCUACCACAUCUGCGUCUCCUUUUCUUCGACGUAUUUGGCACAUCUGUGGUGCAGCGGGAACCAGUAGCAGAUGAACUGUGGCUUGCUGCUAAAGACGCACUUGACGAGCAAGGCCUGUCUUUGAUCGAUAGUGAAGUCCGUACGAAAGCGACGCAGAUGACGUACGAGCAGUGGUUCGAGCUUGGCGGGAAAUGGAACGAAUCCAAGGACGAUUUCAUCAGGGAAAGCAAGGCGAAGCACGGUAGCGUGGAUUGGAGAGAGGUUGAUCUACGACGCAUCGAGUCCUUACGCACGCUACUGGCAGGUCGUGGCCUCAUCAAACUGAACAAAAAGGGUCAAGCCGAAAAAGGCUCUCUAUUCUACGACGUACAGCUGGACCAUCUUGGCCGUGUCUGGCACCGCCUACCUCCAUGGCCUGACACCUGUCGUGGUCUGAGUCUACUGAACAGUAAAGCCACCAUGGUGGCCCUGAGAAAUACCUAUAACGACUUGCUGCAGUCCCUGGUCGCCCACAGCAAAAUCCCCUUUACUCAUGUGUUUUCCGCUGACAUGUUCGACUCCUUCAAGCCGAAUCCGAAGGUCUAUCUUGGCGCGAGCGAGAGACUUGGUGUGAGACCCGACGAAAGCGCGCUUGUAGCUGCACAUCUGGGCGAUUUGCAAGGAGCAAAGGCCUGUAGGUUUCGCACCAUAUAUCUCAACAGGCCAUUGGAGGAGAAGAACCCCGAGCUACAGCACGAGGAUAUAGCUGAUUUGGUCAUCGAAGAGCACGAGGAAGGCUUCAUUACACUUGCAAAGCUGUUGGGACUAGCAGUCGGCUCGAGUUGA